AUGGCGACGUCACCAGAGUCGAAAUUUGUGGAUCGAUUUCGACAAGCAAGCCGUAGCGCGUUUGAUCCAUCACCGAUGAAUGUAUCUGGAAAGGACCUCAGGGAGAUUUCCCCUGAGCACGGUCGUCUAGCUGCGUGCGAAGAAGGGAGUGAAGAUUGGAAGAGAUGGGGCCCCUACGUGAGCGAGCGACACUGGGGCACCUGCCGUGAAGACUACGCCGGGCAUGGCAACUCCUGGAUCUAUCUACCCUUCGAGGCUUCACACUACAUCGCAUAUCGAUGGGGUGAGGAUGGUCUUGCAGGUUGGUGCGAUCGAUCCAUGCAGCUCUGCCUUGGUUUGGCCCUGUGGAACGGCAAGGCGAGCCUCAAGAAUCUCAAGAUUGAGAUGGUAUGUUCACCGCGAAAACGACCGCCUGCAGAGCUCUCAUGCGACGCCGUGCCAGACGAAUUGUCACCUGCACAUGACUCAGCUUGGCUCAUAGCGCUCCCAGCCUAUGCAGAUUUGGUUUCUCCGUCAGGCGCCGGGGUCUAUGGCUAUGGCGGCAUUGCUACCGGUGGUGAGAAUCCUGUGCUGAAACGACCCAGCCCGCCCUUUGGGGAUGUGAGCCAUUCCACGGAGAGCAGGUGUUUUUCUGCGAAGAUCGUUGGACCUGGAGGCGUGGACCAAGUCCAAGCCUUCAAUGACUGCUGGGCGGUUUGUGGCUACAACUUGAUGAAGGAGUUUGGAGGCCAAAGCAUUCCAUCGCCACCAUCGCCACCAUCACUGCGGUCGGAUUUGGUGGUGGUUCGCAACAAGGCUUUCAGCAUCAAUUAUGCAGAUAUUUGCAUCAGAUGGGGCCUCUAUGAGUCUGCACUGCGCUAUGUCGGCUGGCCCAUUAUCCCCGGCUUCGACCUUGCAGGUGAGGUGGAGGUGGCUGGUGCUGACUCGGCUUUUUCCGUGGGCGACCGGGUCUUCGGCUGCAGCUUCUUUGGUGCCUACGCUUCCCGUGUGGUGGUGCCUAGUUGGCAAGUCAUGAAGAUGCCAGACGAUAUGACCUUUGAAUCUGCUGCAGCGUUUCCAACGGUGGUGCUCACUGCUUUGCAUGCGGUGAAUUUGGCUGGCGCGCCGGAACUGAUUGGCCGAGGACGGGAUGCCUUGGUCCAUUCAGCUGCUGGUGGCGUAGGAGAUAUGCUGUGUCAGUUGCUACGGCUCUACGGCCUGCGAGUGGUUGGGGUUGUUGGGAGCCAAAGCAAAGUUCGCUCCUGCAAGGCUGAUGUGGUCAUCGACAAGUCCAGUGAAGACUGGGCAAAAGCUGCUGCAAGACAUGCGCCAGAUGGCUAUCGCGCAGUCUUUGAUGCAAAUGGUGUGGCGACCUUGAAGGCUUCCUACAACUUGCUUUCUAGAAAUGGAAGAUUGGUGGUGUAUGGCUUUCACUCAAAUCUGCCCAAAUGCGAUGGUGGAUUGGGAGCACUAUCUCCUCUAAAUUGGAUUCGCAUGGCGAUCGAUUUGGCCCGCACACCGCAUUUUGAUCCAAUGUUUUUGACCUUGGACUCAAAGGCAGUCCUGGGAUUCAACCUGAGUUUCUUUUCAGAUGAGAUUGAGACAGGGGAGAAAUAUUUAAAACAGCUUAAAAGCUGGAUCGAGGGUGGCAAGAUUUCUGUACCACCCAUUCGAAAAUUUCACUUCAGUCAGUUGCGGGAGGAGAAACUCUAUGGCUUGUCCAAUCCUCAGGGCAACCAUGGUGAAGAUGUGAAGGAGCUGUACUACUAUUUGGACGCAACUCCAACACAUAGCUACAUGAAGAUGAUGUACAAAUAUCCCCAGGCUGAGUUUCCAUACGACGAGCUGAGAAGGGUCAACUUUGAAAGAAAGAAGGACCCUCUGCUUCUGGAGUAUGAGUUGCUGGACACCGGGAUUUUCGAUGACAAUCGAUACUUUGAUGUCGAGAUAGAGUAUGCCCAGGCAAAUCCGGAUGAUACUCUCGUUCAAAUUACUGCACACAAUCGUGGAAAGGAAGAGGCUGAGCUGUGCAUUUUGCCUCAGGCUUGGUUCCGCAACACCUGGUCUUGGAACCACUCCAAGAGACCAAGCAUGACUUACGUUGCGGACAAGCGCCGGAUAGAAAUCCUGCAUGAGAAACUUGGCUCGUACCAUCUCUACAUGGAAGAAAACACGGAGGUGCGAAGCUAA